GUGGUAGAGAGAAGUCAUGGAGGAAAGCAGCACGGAGGAGGACAUCGAAGCCCUCAUCGAGGGCAUGGAGUACAUCCCAGGCCACUUUCACCUGGACCUGAACCUCAACUGUGAGUCGCAGACGCCCAGGGAGCUGAGGCAGCGCGACACCCGGCUGAAGCAGGACAGCCUGCGGGCGGAGCUGGAGGCCGAGGCCGGGUCCCUGCAGUACGCCGUGAGGAACCUGCUGGGCCUGCUGGCCUUCCACCUGGACGAGCUGCCACAAGCCGAGGAGGUCUUCCGGAACAUCUGCAAGGAGGACCCCGGGAACCUCAACGCUUGGGCCAACCUGGGCUACGUCUACGACCGGCUGAAACGGGAGGUGGAGGGGGCAGAGUGUGUGGAGAUGGUGUCUUCUCUGAUGGGCCUGGAGCCCGGGGAGUCAGGCCAGGGCGAGCCCAGGCUCCUGGCGGCCCGCUGCCUGGCAGAGCAGGCUUACGCGCACCCUUACGAUGUGGAGCUGGACAAAGAGGAGGUGAAGGACAGGCUGACGGCCGCCCUCAGACUGUACAACAGGGCUCUGGACUAUGGAGGAGAGCUGAUACCUAUUGAAGAAAAGAGAAGUUGGUAUUUUAUUAUGGCAACAAUGUAUAUAAGACUGGAUGAUAUGAUGAAGGAGAAGAACGACUCAGAGUACACAAGACUAUCCUACUUCAACAAGGCCCUGAAGCUGCUCACAGAGACCCUCAAGUCAGAGAAAACGCACUACAAAGCUCUGGCCUGGUGCUAUGUGGGGAUUAUGCUGGAGAGGACCGAUGAGUUCUCCAUUGUUCCCAUGGCUGUCCAUGACUGCGGUUACUCUGGCUCAGAGCCCCUCUCCUGCUAUGGAACGGCCAUUAAACUCGCCAACGAGGAUGCGUUCAUCUUGAACCGGCUGGCCAAAGUCUUCUUCCUCCUGCGCAAGCAUGAGAUGGCCACAGGGAUCUGUAACAUGGCACUGAACGUGCUCCCCGACCCGGAGCUCAACUGGCAGGCUUACCGCACCCGCGCCAAGAUAAAUGUGACCAUCUAUGCAAGAGAUCUGGAGAGAGCCAAAUUAGGUAUGGCAGGUGUACCGGACCGACAAAAGUUAGCAGAAGCCAAGGCAGACUUAGACCGUGUAUUAGAAGUUCGUCCCUGUCUGAGGACACACCUGGAAAUGGGACAGGUGUAUUACUACAUGGGCGUGGACGCCAUGCAGGAGAGCCUGCUGGUGGACGAGUCGGCGGUGAACGCGGCGCUGGUCAGCCUGGCCCAGGCGCUGCAGUGCGAGCUGGGAGACAGCCUGCCGGAGCUGCAGCUGCUGCGGGGACGCUGUCUGCUCCUGAAGGGCGAGGAGCGCAACGCAGCCGACUGCUUCAAGCGGGCCCUGACCCUGGAGCCCCCCGGGAGCCGCGACACGGCCGCCCUGCGCUGCCUCCUGGAGGCGCUGCUGGCCCUCUUCUCCCAGAGCGGCUCCGACCCGGGCCCCGCCGUCAGGGAGCUGGAGGUGUGGGUGAGGCGCGCAGAGGAGCGCUAUCCCUACGAGACGGUGCAGAGCGAGCUCAGGACGCUGUGCCGGGCGCACACGGACGAGAUGGCCGAGCUUUCCCGCGCCAUCGUGCGCUUGGGCCGGACGGACCUCAUACGCCGGCUGCUGGAGACGGUGCAGCCCAAGGGAGCGGUCAAGAAGAGGCCCCUGGCCCGGUCACAGUCAGUGUGAGACCGACCAGGACCAGAGAGGGGGUUAACAUCGUACACCAGACUACAUCGUACUGCGCACGAGCAGGAAGCACGUGGGCAGCAGCGCGAGUCAGAUCACUUCGUAGAACAAAAUGCAUGGACUGUUAUGAAUUAGCCUAAUUAAGAGCAGGCUGCUGAAAUUGACCAUUUUACAGAAACUACAUUUGUAAAUGAACCUGGUGGAAAAUUAUAAUGUGGUCCAAUUCAUGAACAGCGCAAUUAUCCAGUGUUAUGCAUGUGGCAAUUGUUUGCCUGAAAUGUUCACUAAAUUAUUGUAUCUCACUAAAGUAUGAAAAAACAAAAAACAAAAAACAAAAAAAAUAUAAACCACGGCUGAUUAGCAGUCCCGUCAGUUCCAAUACAAUACUCAGAGACACAAUUCAGUAGCCCUGAUGUAAAUUACUGGUCAUUUGUAAGACAGCAUAAAUACUUCAGUUGAUGUAUGUUAAAUAGGAGUCACUUCACUGAAGUGAAAUUUGAGCUGUUCUUCAGAAUUCUGCUGCUUAGCUAGAACAGCGGGUUGAGUUGCAUUACUGCCGGUAAUGCUGGGGCCGCAGGGGUCUUUCAGAAAUAGGGAUGAUGAAUGUAGAAGAAAUUCCAGUUGUGACAAGUAGACUUACUGUGCUGUAACUUAAUGUAAAGACAGUGUAAAUUAAGUCAUUGUGAGUGUUUUUGUAGUAACAUGUUCGCCAAUAAGCAUAAACAUCAUGCAAUUGUAUUUUCCAUCAAGAACGUAAUGUCAUUCCCUACUGGGAAUGCUCAGGAAAGAGAAAUGGUUUUCAGAAAGACAAGUGUGCAUAGAUUCAGUAAUUAUUUGAAUGAUGUCCUGUUUUCUGAUUGGAUUUUCUUUUUAUUACCUUUAAAAAAUUUCUCAUGAUCUUGAAA